AUGGCUACCUCAGGCAAUGGUCCUUUGUUUCUAAAGGCAGUGAAUUGUUUUGGGGAAGUGAAAGAUAGAUUUUUUAUUGUUGAAUUGAUGAAGGAAGUCAUCAAUGAAAUUGGUCAUGAAAAUAUUGUGCAAAUCAUUACCGAUAAUGCAGCAAAUUGUAAGGCGGCUGGAGAGAUUAUAGAAAGUCAGUUUCCUCACAUCUAUUGGACACCAUGUGUUGUUCAUACACUUAAUCUUGCUUUGAAAAACAUUUGUUCACCAAGGAAUGUGGAAACAAAUGAACUAACAUAUGAACAGUGCCGCUGGAUAAAAGAAGUUCAUGAAGAGGCGUUUGCAAUAAAAAAAUUCAUCAUGAACCAUAACAUGAGGCUUUCGAUUUUCACCAAGUUUACUCCUCUUAGGUUGUUUUCUGUUGCUGACACUCGCUUUGCCUCCAUCAUUGUGAUGCUUAAGAGAUUGAAACUUAUCAAAAGGGGUCUUCAAGCUAUGGUCAUAAGUGAAGAAUGGUCUUCUUAUAUAUUAGAUGACACUGAGAAAGCAAACUCUGUGAAAGAAUAUAUUUCGAAUGAUGAUUGGUGGGAUAAAGUAACAUAUAUUCUUAGUUUCACUGGACCUAUAUAUGAGAUGAUUAGAGCUUGUGACACUGACAAGCCAUUGGCUCGAUGGGCGAAGAAUAACACUCCCCUACAUUGUUUAGCUCACUCUUUGCAUCCAAGAUAUUAUAGUGAUGCAUGGUUAAUUGAGGAUUCUACAAGAUGUGCUCCACAUAUGGAUGGAGAAAUUUCACAAGAAAGGAUGAAAUGCUUUCGAAGGUUGUUUCCUAAUGAUGCUGAGUAUGGCAGAGUCCUUGAUGAGUAUGCGAUGUUUUCAAUGAAGAGUGGUCCUUUUGAAGAUUUAACAAGCAUUUCAAAGAUGGCUACUAUGGAACCCAAGAAUUGGUGGGUUAACUUUGGUGAUCAAACUCCUUUUCUCCAGACUUUGGCUUUUAGAUUACUUGGACAACCUAGUUCUUCUUCUUGUGCUGAGCGUAAUUGGAGUACUUAUGCAUUUAUUCACUCGCUUAAAAGGAACAAGUUGACUACAAGUCGUGCUCAAGACUUGGUUUACAUCCACAAUAAUCUCCGACUUUUGUCAAGGACUUCGAAAGAUGAUGUAAAGAUAUGGGAUGUGGGUGGAGAUGCUUUUGAUUCAAUGGAAGACGUCGGGUUUUUGGAGUUUGCAGAUCUCUCACUAGAUGAACCCGAUUUUGAAAAUGAUUUAAUUAUUGAUAAUUAG